AUGUUGUGGGCAUCGCCGCUGGUGCGGUCCCCGCCGCGUGCCUGGUGCUGGGCUCGCUGGGUGGCCUCCUCCGGGGCCAACAGGAGUCAGAAAGCGAGGCCGGACGCCAGGUACCGGGAAACGGUGUUGCUGCCCCGCAGCGACUUCCCUGUUCAACUGCCCGGCCGGCUGCAGCCCGAAACUGAGCUGGAGAUACAGCAGAAAUGUGGCUUUUCAGAACUGUAUUCAUGGCAAAGACAAAGGAAAACGAAGCAAGAAUUUUGUCUUCAUGAUGGACCACCAUAUGCCAAUGGAGACCCACAUGUUGGUCAUGCGUUGAAUAAAAUUUUGAAAGACAUCACCAAUCGAUUUUAUGUGAUGCGAGGCUACACGGUACAUUAUGUGCCAGGAUGGGAUUGCCAUGGACUACCCAUUGAGCUGAAAGCAUUAUCAGAACUUGAGGGAACACAGCAUCUUUCAGCAAUGGAAAUCAGACAGAGAGCCAAAGAAUUUGCACAAAAAGUGAUUGAAAAGCAGAAAGCAGCCUUCAUUCGCUGGGGCAUAAUGGCAGAUUGGGAGAACAGCUACCACACCUUUGAUAAAAAGUAUGAAGCAAAACAGCUGAGUGUUUUUCACCAAAUGUAUGACAAGGAUUAUAUUUAUCAGGAUUAUAAGCCAGUGUUUUGGUCUCCUUCAACAAAUACAGCCCUGGCCGAAGCUGAGCUUGAGUACAAUCAGCAGCACGUUAGCCAUGCUGCGUACGUCAGAUUUCCCUUGUUGAAACCACCACCCAAAUUGGCUUCUCUUAUAGAUGGAACACCGGCUGUGAGUUUGAUAGUCUGGACCACACAACCCUGGACUAUUCCAGCCAAUCAAGCUGUGUGUUACAUGCCAAAUUCAGAGUAUUCCAUCGUGAAGUGCACUGAUACUGGGGAGCACUUUAUUGUGGGUGCGGACAGAGUUCAGUCUAUAGCUGCCAUUUUGGAUACAGAGUUUGAUGUGAUUUCAACAUGUAAAGGGGUAGAUUUGGAAAAUGGUGUGUGUUCACAUCCUACAAUUCCUGGAAAACAGUCCCCACUUCUGCCUGCAAAUCAUGUGACCAUGUCAAAAGGAACAGGAUUAGUUCACACAGCCCCAGCUCAUGGUAUGGAAGAUUACAGUGUAGCUUCUCACCACCAACUUCCCAUGGAUUGUCUGGUGGAUGAAGGUGGAUUUUUCACAGAAGCUGCAGGUUCAGAACUUCACAACAAAGCUGUUCUUGAAGAAGGAAACGAAACAGUGAUUCAGAUGCUUCAAGCCGCCAAGAAUUUAUUAAAAGAAGAGAAAUUCACACACAGCUACCCAUAUGACUGGAGGACUAAAAAGCCCGUGAUUAUUCGUGCCAGCAAGCAGUGGUUCAUUAAUACAGCGAACCUCAAGGCUGCUGCUCAGGAGGCACUAAAGAAAGUCAAAUGUGUCCCAGCUUCAGGGAUGAAUGGAAUGCUAGAAAUGCUGGACAGAAGAACAUACUGGUGUAUAUCCAGACAGAGGCGCUGGGGAGUCCCCAUUCCAGUUUUUUACCAUAAGACAACGGGUGAAUCCUUAAUCAACAGGAAAAGUAUUGAGAAUGUGAUUAAAAUAGUGGAGCAGCAUGGCAGCGAUGCCUGGUGGACUCUUCCUAUUGAGCAGCUUCUUCCCAGUGAGGCUUUGGCAAAGGUUGGUGCCCAUAAUGUCCAAGAUUAUGUACCAGGGCAGGAUGUUCUCGAUAUCUGGUUUGACAGUGGAACAUCCUGGGCUCAUGUUUUAGAAGAUGUAGGUGAAAGGGCUGAUCUAUACCUGGAAGGAAAAGACCAGCUGGGAGGUUGGUUUCAGUCUUCUCUCUUGACGAGCGUGGCGACCCGAAAAAAGGCACCUUACAAGGCCCUUCUGGUUCAUGGAUUUACUCUUGGUGAAAAAGGAGAGAAGAUGUCAAAAUCGAUUGGAAACGUCGUCGACCCAGACGUGGUUAUUAAUGGAGGCAACGACCACAGCACAAACCCUCCAUAUGGUGCUGAUACUCUACGCUGGUGGGUGGCUGAGUCAAAUGUUUUUACGGAAGUACUGAUUGGACCAGCAGUGCUUAACUCUGCACGAGAUGAUAUCAACAAGCUUCGGAAUACGCUCCGGUUUUUGUUGGGCAAUCUGGCUGGCUUCGAUCCAGGGACAGAUGCAAUCCCCACUGCAGAGAUGUAUGUAAUAGACCAGUAUAUGCUCCACUUGCUGCAGGGCUACGCAAACAAGGUUACAGGUGCAUAUAAGGAGUAUGACUAUGGCAAAGUCAUUCGAUUACUACAAGCCUUCCAUUCUAGAGAGCUCUCCAGUUUUUACUUCAGUAUAGUCAAGGACAGACUUUACUGUGAAGAAGAAAAAGAUCCUAAACGCCGUUCCUGUCAAACAGCUUUAGCAGAGGUCUUGGACACGUUGGUUCGUUCUUUUGCCCCAAUCCUUCCACAUCUGGCUGAGGAGGUAUUCCAGUACCUUCCCUAUACAAAAGAGUCAGAUAGUGUGUUUCGUUCUGGGUGGAUGAACACGAGCCCCGUAUGGAAAAAACCAGGCCUUGAGGAGGCAGUGGAAGGAGCCUGUGCCAUGCGAGAUGCCUUCCUCAGUUCGAUCCCAGGCAAAAACUUUUUGGAACAUCAGGUGAUCCUGGUCAUCGAGCCUGGCCUGCUCUUUGAAUUAAUGGAGGUGCUCCAACAGGAGGAGUCUUCCAGUACAUCCCAGCUCAAUGAAAUAAUGAUGGCAUCACAGACCUCUCUGCUGACCGAAGUACCUAGAGAUGUGGUUGCUGAGGACAACAUAAUAAAGGGGACAUUUUUGAUUAACCUGGAAGGUGGUGACAUCCGGGAAGAGUCCUCGUAUAAAGUCAUAGUUCUGCCAGCUGCUAAGUCAAAAUGCCUCCGAUGUCGAAAGUACACUGCGGAUUCCCCAGAAACACCAUGUGCACGCUGCAUGGAAAUCCUUGGGGGGAAGUGAUGAACAUUUUAAGUCCCAAUCAGACUUAAUGCUAUGGCUACAGUAGAUGGACACAUUUGCUAGAUUCCUCCUUUCUGGAAAACAGGAAGGUAUGUAGAAAUGUACACGGAGAA